AUGGAAAGUGAUAAGUGGGAGUUGGAGGAAGGAAUCCCUCAGGUUGAGGAUCCAUUCAUUCAAAAGUACCUGAAGGGACGCGAUGCCCUUAUCCUAGAGGAGCAGAAACGGCGUCACGACGCCACAUUCCGGAAAACCUUGUCUCCUAUUGCUGCACGAGCGUGCAAAAUUGUCUCUCAGAUCCGAGCUCGGGAACAGAACGAGGUAUGGACACAAGGUUUAGACGAGGCCACUGCCCACCAGUCGGACGAGAUUCUCUACCCGGGUGUCAUGUUCCAUCAUGCCAAAGGUCGCAUGGAGAAGACAAACUUGUGGAAAAUCGUGGAGAAGAUGCCCAAGGGUUCACUUCUGCACGCCCACAUGGAUGCGAUGUUCGACAUCGACUUCUUGGUUGAUCAGGCGUUCUCAACACCAGGAAUGCAUAUCUCCGCGCCAGCACCGCUGAUUACCACAAAAGACUACGAAACGGCUCUUUUCGGAUUCCAAUUCUCAUCUACAUCGCAAACUGCAACAGAUCAGGCUGCCAUUUGGUCUGAGCAGUACGAAGCUUCAACCCUCGUUCCCCUCCAGACCGCAGCGUCUUCAUUCCCUAACGGUGGAGAGGAGGGAUUCCGAGCUUGGGUAAAAAGUCGAUGUAUGAUCAUGCCAGAACACUCAUACCAGCACCACCAUGGUGUCGAUGCGAUUUGGGACAUCUUCAAGCGAACGUUUUUGGUAAUCAACUCUAUCCUGAUGUAUGAACCGAUUUUCCGGACCUGCCUGCGUCGUAUGUUAGGGCAACUUGCGAUUGAUGGAAUUCGAUAUGUCGAGUUCCGCAUCGUGUUCCGCAACCUGUACCGGAAAGAAGGCAGCAAUGACCCCGAGUCAGAUAAUGGAGAGUUCCUUCGGGUGUUCGAGGAGGAGCUGGGUCGGUUCAAGGAAUCCGAGGAAGGAAAGAAUUUUUACGAAGCGCGAAUCAUCUGGUGCGGUCUGCGGAUGCUCCCCAACGCCAACAUCGUCGAAGACAUGAAGCAAUGCAUCGCCAUGAAACAGGCCUUCCCGGAUUUGAUUUGUGGAUAUGAUUUGGUCGGACAAGAAGACACCGGUAGGUCCCUUGUGGACUUUGUACCGGUGCUGUUCUGGUUUAAGAAGCGCUGUGCUGAAGAGGGAGAAGACAUCCCGUUCUUUUUCCAUGCCGGCGAGACUCUGGGAGACGGCACUGAAACAGACCAUAACCUAUUCGAUGCAGUCCUUUUGGGAACCAGGAGAAUCGGCCAUGGAUUCUCCCUGUAUAAACACCCGCUGCUCAUCGACUUGAUCAAGGAGAAGAAAAUCUUGGUCGAAUGUUGCCCCAUAUCCAAUGAGAUCCUCCGACUUACGAGCUCCAUCAAGUCUCAUCCUUUGCCAGCCAUGCUAUCCAGGGGUGUCCCUGUGUCACUCUGCAAUGACGAUCCAGCUAUUCUUGGCCAUGGAAAGAACGGACUGACGCAUGAUUUCUGGCAGGUCAUGCAAGGUCUUCAAAACGUUGAUCUUGCGGGACUUGCGAUGAUGGUACAGAACUCGAUCCGGUGGAGUUGCUACGAGGAUCAGUCGACCACUGAGUGGAAGGCUGAGGUUGAAGAGGGAAUUUUGGGCGAGGGAAUUAAGGCUGCUCGCUUGCGAGAAUGGCACUCUGAAUUUGAGAAAUUCUGUGAAUGGGUGGUAAUGGAGUUUGCGGAGUUUGAUGAGGAUGAUUAA